CCAAAGUGGAGGCAUGGAGGCUUCUCUGUCUCUCCCGUUCCGCUCUGUCCGACCGCGCCUCCACCGAGCGCCGGCCACCGCGAGCUUCGUCACCUGCGGGCUGCGCAACAGUAUUAGGAGGCCGCUGUGGAGGUCGGACGUGUUGUCCACGGAGGCCAUACGCGCCGUCCAGUCCCUCAAGCUGGCCAAAUCCACUCCUCGGUUGAACCACGUCCUGAGCACGACCCUCGCUCGGCUCUUGAAAUCCGAUCUCUUGAACACCUUCGCCGAGCUCAAGAGGCAGAACGAGGUCGAUUUCGCCCUCAAGGUAUCGCCUUUUUCGCGCCCGUGGUUCUGGGUCUUUGUUUUCUUGGCUUUUCUUGUUGGUUUUCGAAUUCUCUCUUGGUAACUUUGGUGUGUGAUGUGAAAAAUCUCUGCCCUUCCACAUAGGAAUUGAAAGUUUAGAAGGCCAUUUUGGGUGUCUGUGCUUCUUGGGUCUUCGUUUUCUUUGCAUGUCCGUUUUCCAAAAGGCCAUUUUGAUUGUAGCGGAUGCUUUAACUGGUAUGAGCAGAGCAAGUGAUCUGGGCAAUUGAGUGUUGCUCUGAAGUUUGGCGAAUUCGUUUUUUGUAUUGGUUAUCGGCGAUUCAACUGGUGCAUUGACCUAGUGAGUGGCAUGGGUGAAUUGUAG